AUGUUUCGCGCGCAGCAGAAUGCCUUUGACGACGCUGUCGCCAAGGCGACCGAUGAGAAUCUGACUUCGGAGAAUUGGGAAUAUAUUCUGGAUGUCUGUGAUAAGGUCUCUGCGGAAGAGUCGGGGGCGAAAGAGGCAGUUGCUGCUAUGAUUAAACGGUUGGCGCAUAGGAAUGCUAAUGUGCAGCUUUACACUUUGGAGCUCGGAAAUUCGCUGUCCCAGAACUGUGGUCCCAGGAUUCAUCGCGAGCUGGCCUCCAGGAGCUUUACAGAUGCUCUGUUGCGUCUGGCAGCCGAUCGGAACACACAUCAACAAGUCAAGUCGAAAAUCGUGGAGCGCAUGCAGGAAUGGACGGAGAUGUUCGCGUCAAACCCGGAUUUCGGUAUCAUGGAACAAGCCUAUAUGAAGCUGAAGACUCAAAAUCCCAACCUGCAGCCUCCAUCGAAGCCUGUCAAGAGCGCAAUGACCGAUAUCGACCGGCAGAAGGAAGACGAGGAAUUGCAGAUGGCACUUGCCCUAUCCAUCAAGGAUAAGAAUCCGCCACCCGGUCUGGCACCUCAAGCCGAGUCGUCCACAGCGGCUGCUGCAUCGUCUGCGUCCACUCCCGCCGAGGCAGCUGUCGCUCAACCUGUUCCCUCGGGCACAUCCGCGGCUACCGUGUCGCGCGUCAGAGCAUUGUUCGAUUUCCAGCCUUCAGAGCCUGGAGAGCUUCAAUUCCGAAAAGGCGAUAUCAUUGCAGUCUUGGAAUCGGUGUACAAGGAUUGGUGGAAGGGUUCUUUACGUGGACAGACGGGUAUCUUCCCUCUGAACUACGUAGAGAAGCUGCCCGACCCUACCGUGGAAGAGCUACAUCGAGAGGCCCAGAUGGAAGGCGAGGUCUUUGGCCAGAUCAAGAAUGUCGAAAAGCUCCUGACACUGCUGAGUACUCGGAGCUCGGACUUGAAUGUUCAGGAGAACGAGGAGAUUACUACCCUUUACCACUCUACGCUGGCCAUUCGCCCUAAACUGAUUGAGCUUAUUGGGAAGUACUCGCAGAAGAAAGACGAGUUCACCCAAUUGAACGAGAAAUUUAUCAAAGCCCGCCGUGACUACGAGUCGUUACUGGAGGCCUCAAUGGCGCAUCCUCCACAACCUCAGUAUGGACGUCCUGGCCAGCCUACGUACGGUUAUCCUGGGGCAGCCCCUGUUGGAUAUCCUCAGGGGCCUCCUCAGGGGCCUCCUCAAGGGCCUCCUCAGGGUGCUCUCCAGCCGGAUCAGCGAUACUUUAGUCCUCGACCUCAAGGUCUGCCUGCCCCAUAUAAUUGCCUAGUUGAUCACACACUCAUUCAAUCAUUAGAAACUCCUACUCCGCAGGCACAGCCGAACGCGUACUACGGCGCAGAACAGUCGAUGCCAUACCGACCCGCAUCUCAGUCUCCCGAUCCUCGCACUCAGUACCCCGGUGGAACCCAGCCGCUUUCACAGCCGCUGGCUCAACAGCAGCCCCCUCAGUCCGACCCCUACCAGCCUGUACAUCAUCGUCCUCAGUCCACAUAUGAUGCGCCGCAAGAACUUGGAACAUCAGUCUACGAUUCGCCCGUUGACCAUCCAACUGCUGCCAACCAACGUCCGCCCUACCCUCAGACUGGCCAAGCUCCCCCAUCCGCCCACCAGCAAUUCCAGCAACAGCAGCAACAACUGGAUUACUCGCCCUCCGUCUACUCCGCCGAGGAACCUCACCAGCAAUCCCCGCAUCAGUACCCUCCGCAGCAGCAGCAGGCACAGCAGGCACAGCAAGCCCCAUACCCAACCUCUCCACCACACCAACAAGCUCCACCAUUGCACCAACCACCCCCCGUCCCCGGUGCUGCCCCGCAACCUACCCAAUACACUGCCUUCAAUCCAGCUCCAUCAGCCCCGCCAACCGGGGAAUACCAGGCCUACCAGGCCUCGCAAGCCGGUGUACCUGCCUCAAACCCAGCUUCCUUUUACAGAUAA